AUGCCUCAGAAGCAUACCAACGAAAGACAACAGACUCCAAAGAUUCCGGCUAAGGCACAGGCCAAUACAGGCAGCAGAAAUGGUCCCCAGUACAAUACCGCACGCGCUCCAAAAGCAAUCAAUGCCUUUUCACCCAUGAGUAAUGUUUCUCUUAGCAGCAACACUAACCAGAGGGACCUGUAUGGAAUCACAACAACUUCUUACGAGAAAGCUCUGUUUUUCUUCGACACGGGCGCACAACUAAGCUUGAUAGAAGAAAAAGCUGCGGAGCAUCUUGCGCUGCCCGUUGUGGCCUCAGACAAAUGUACGUUAUCUGGUAUAAGUGGGAUCUCUGAAACAUUUGUCUCCCACCACGUACAAGUGAAAGUCCUCACGGCUCACGGUAGAGAACUACAGAUGACAAUGCAAACAAAACCAACGCUCACGAAAGGGUUUCCGGCAGUGCGCCUAAUGGAAACAGAUAUAGAGUUCAUGGAAGAAAAUUCCAUCCAACUAGCGAACACCCGGCUCAAAGGCGAACACCAGGUUCCUCAAAUUCUCGUGGGGAUCGACCUUUACAAUGUAUUCAUUCCAAGAGUACUCCUCUCGUUUUACAAAAACAGUAUUCGGGUUUGCGGCAUAUGGUCGAGGGAUUAUGCCCCUUUAAAUGACGACGAGCAACGACCAUAA